AUAGCGAGCACUCUCAUGAGAACAAUACGGGCGACGUAAGGAAGGCUGAGUGGAUGUACACACACCCAAGCGGGUUUCGCGAAAACUGAUGAUCAAUAAGUGACCUCAGAAUUCCGCGUUGGUUUGAAGAGCUACCGGACGAGUCGCGGGGAAAGCUACCUACAUAAUCGCGGCGCCACCACCAAACCUGCCACACGUAUUGCAAAAUUAGUUACAAAACGGACAGAGGUGGUUAUAUUUUUGCCUUUUGAUCUCUUAGCAUCAAGGAUUGGUUGAUAAUUAAUGUUAUAUGGAAUAUCAAUAAGACGGAAAGGUGAGACGAAUAUGGAUUCGUACUUGUUCACCCUUCUCGGCCUUUCUCUCGUCUUAAUUUCAGGAGUUGCUGCUUUGAAUGAGUGUGACAGUGGACCUUGUCAGAACGGAGCAGUAUGCCGAGACGGGUUGGAAGGCUCAUACACGUGUGAAUGUGCACAGAAUUUUCAUGGCACCAAUUGUGAACAACCAUUGCUUCAGGAGUGCGGGACCAACAUCUACGACCAGGUAGGCACUUUCCAGAGCCCGAAUUAUCCUUCGAAUUACGGACAACGACAGGAAUGCUUCUACCUUAUCCGGAGCCACGGAGCGCAUAUCAUGAACUUCACAAUCGAAGACUUCAGCACCGAGCUCAACAAAGACCUGCUUGAAUACGGCUUUGGGGACACCGUUGAUAUCAACAACCCAGAAGGGGUCUACCAGGGUACCCUUGAUACGUUACCAGUGGUCAUCUCUGUCCCUGGAUCAUCGGCCUGGUUUCUCUUCUCAUCGGAUCGUAACGUCCAGAUGAAAGGAUUUAGCAUUUCCGUCAGCGCAGAUGGUGAUGAUUGCCUGAGUGCUCCGUGUAUCAACGGAGGAACGUGUGUGGAUGCCAUACGAAGCUAUUCUUGUAACUGUGCCCCUGGGUUUACUGGAUUCAACUGCGAGACAGAUAUCAACGAAUGUGCAAGCAACCCAUGUCUGAACGGUGGUACCUGUGUAGAUGGCGUCAACAGCUAUUUGUGCAACUGUGCUUCAGGUUGGACCGGGCCGACUUGCCUGAUCAAUGUUGACGAAUGUGCCAGUAAUCCAUGUCAAAAUGGCAUCUGUACCGACGGGAUCAACCGUUAUGACUGUACCUGUGAUUCUGGAUGGGCUGGUACGAACUGUGAUAUUGAUAUCGACGAGUGUGCCAGUAGUCCCUGCUUUAAUGGAGGAACUUGUAUCGAUGGAGUGGAUGGUUUCAACUGUACAUGUGCGUCAGGAUGGGAAGGAAAUAUCUGUCAAAUCAAUUCGGAUGAAUGUACUAGCCUUCCUUGUCAGAAUGGAGGAUCCUGUAUUGAUCAGAUAAAUGCGUACAUCUGCGCAUGCUCCCCGGGCUGGACUGGCGAUAAUUGUGAAAUAAAUGUAGAUGAGUGCACGUCAAUCCCUUGUCAGAACGGUGGCCAGUGCAUUGAUCUUGUCAAUUCUUACCGGUGUGUAUGCGCUUCUGGAUGGACCGGUGUCACGUGUCUCAUUGGUAUCGACGAAUGCAGCAGCAUGCCAUGCCAAAAUGGCGGCGUGUGUACUGAUGGAAUCAAUGGAUAUACAUGCGCAUGCGCAGCAGGAUACGAAGGAGCUAACUGCGAAAUAGACACGGAUGAAUGCCGGAGCAACCCUUGCGUCAAUGGAGGCUCUUGUACGGAUAUGUUGGAUGGGUACGAGUGUGAUUGCGAACCUGGCUAUACUGGUACAAGAUGUGAAUCAGAGAUCAACGAGUGUGCCAGCAAUCCAUGUGUAAAUGGUGAUUGUGUCGAUACACUGAAUGCAUAUGUAUGUACCUGUAGAGCAGGCUGGUCAGGACCGCGAUGUGAAAUAAAUAUUGACGAAUGUGCCAGUGAUCCUUGUCAGAACGGUGGGACAUGCAAUGACUUGGUCAACAGAUAUACCUGUAAUUGUGUACCUGGAUAUACAGGAGUGCUUUGUCAGAUAGAAAUCAAUGAGUGUGCUUCUGCUCCGUGUGUAAACGGUUUAUGUAAUGAUCUCAUCAAUGCAUAUACUUGCACAUGCGAACCUGGAUGGACUGGUACUAAUUGUGACGUCAAUAUAAAUGAAUGUGCGAGCGCACCUUGUAUGAACGGAGCAACCUGCAAUGAUUUUGUCAACUUCUACACAUGUGAUUGUGCACCAGGAUGGACCGGAAUACACUGUGAAACCGAUAUUGACGAGUGCGCCAGCUUCCCGUGCCAGAACGGGGCUAUAUGCAGCAACCAACAGAACCAGUUUGUAUGCACCUGCGUGCUUGGAUGGGCUGGAAUUAACUGUCAGAUUGAUAUUGACGAGUGUGCCAACAGUCCCUGUCAAAAUGGAGCUAUGUGUUCCGAUCUCAUCAAUCGAUACGAAUGCCAGUGUCUUCCCGGUUGGACCGGUGUCAAUUGUGACAUCGAAAUCGACGAGUGUUCCAGUGAUCCUUGUCAGAAUGGAGCAUCAUGUAACGAUCAACUAAAUUCAUUUACCUGUGACUGUGCUCCCGGGUAUUCUGGGACAUUCUGCACGGAAGAUAUCAAUGAAUGUAGUAGUAACCCAUGUCAGAAUGGCGGACUAUGCAACGAUCUCCUGAACAGCUACUCGUGUGUCUGUGUUGUUGGAUACACAGGAUUCAAUUGUGAAACAGAUAUUGAUGAAUGUGCCAGCCAGCCUUGUGAGAAUGGAGGGGCAUGCCUUGAUUUGGUUGAUGCCUAUGUCUGCUCUUGCCUUAGUGGAUGGGCGGGCAUUCACUGUGAAACAAAUAUCGAUGAGUGCGCCAGUGCCCCUUGUCGUAACGGAGGUACUUGCAAUGAUCUGGUAGAUGGAUACACCUGUACCUGUGCACCGGGUUGGACUGGUAUUCACUGCAGUCUGGACAUCAAUGAAUGCACGAGUAACCCAUGUAUCAAUGGGAUCUGCAGUAAUGCUAACAACAAGUAUUUCUGUACCUGUAAUCCCGGAUGGACUGGUGUAAAUUGCGACACAGAUAUCGAUGAGUGCUCUAGUUUUCCUUGUGGGAAUGGUGGUACAUGUGAUGACCAGGUUAAUAACUAUUUGUGUACAUGCGCACCAGGAUGGACAGGAACAAACUGUUUCGUUGAUAUUGAUGAAUGCGUGUCCGGCCCAUGUUUAAAUGGAGCAACUUGCAACAAUCUGCAGAACAGAUACACGUGUUCCUGCGCCGGUGGAUUCACUGGAGGAAACUGUGAAACAAAUAUCAACGAAUGUGAAUCUACUCCCUGCUUAAAUGGCGGCAUAUGUCUGGACGAGGUCAAUCGAUACACUUGUGAUUGCGAUGCCGGAUGGAGCGGUGUUAACUGCGAAAUUGAAAUUAAUGAAUGUUCAAGUCGCCCUUGUCAGAACGGAGGAACGUGUCAAGAUGGAACCAACAGCUUUACUUGCGAUUGUGCUUCAGGCUGGACCGGUACUAUCUGCGAAAUAGAUAUCAAUGAAUGUGCCAGCGGUCCUUGUCUAAAUGGUGGAGCGUGCUCACAGGGCAUCGAUUACUACGUGUGUACAUGUCAACCCGGAUGGAAUGGAUACAAUUGCGAAACAGAUCGACAGGAGUGUAGCAGUGAUCCUUGUCAAAAUGGAGGGAUGUGCUUUGAUGGAAUUGAUGGGUACUUCUGUCAGUGUGUAACUGGAUUUACCGGAACCCACUGUGAGACAGAUAUCAAUGAAUGCGCCAGUAACCCUUGCGAGAAUGGAGCAACAUGCCUCAAUCAGGUCAAUCAAUAUAGCUGUCAGUGUGCACCGGGAUAUGAAGGAAAUAACUGCCAGUUCGAUAUUAACGAAUGUGCCAGUGGUCCUUGUCUUAAUGGAGCAACCUGCAGUGAUCGAGUUAACCUUUACACGUGUACCUGUCAACCUGGCUAUACAGGAGUCCGGUGUGAGGAAGACAUCCUUGAAUGUAAUAGCGGACCUUGUCGAAACGGUGCAAUCUGCAAUGAUCUCGUCAAUGAUUUCACAUGUACUUGUGUAGCUGGUUACACUGGACCUCGCUGUGAAUUUGAAAUCGAUGAAUGUGCCAGUUCACCCUGUCUUAAUGGAGGAGUGUGUAACGAUGGUGUAAACCAAUACACAUGUGAUUGUCGUUCUGGAUUUCAAGGAACCAACUGUGAAUCAGAUAUCGACGAGUGUGCCAGUGGUCCUUGUCUGAAUGGAGGAACUUGUACAGAUCAGAUUGACUUGUAUACAUGCGAAUGUGCCAGUGGCUGGACUGGAAUCAACUGCCAACUAGAUAUCGACGAAUGUGCAAGUAAUCCAUGUCAGAAUGGAGCCACCUGUGUGGAUGAUGUUGAUAAUUUCGACUGUAUCUGUACGUCUGGAUGGGAAGGAACUUUCUGCGAGCUGGGAACCAACGAAUGUGGGAGCAAUCCCUGCGCCAAUGGAGGCCGUUGCUUUGAUCUAUUCAAUUCGUUCACCUGUCAGUGCGUGUCUGGAUAUACUGGAGUCACGUGUGAGACGGAUGUCAACGAAUGUGGAAGUAACCCUUGUCAGAAUGGAGGAGUCUGCUCGCAGUCUGUCGACUUUUACUCGUGUGCUUGCCCUGCAGGAUACAUGGGCAUUAACUGUGAAAUUGAUGUCAACGAAUGUGCCAGCAACCCGUGCCGAAAUGGUGGAAAUUGUACCGAUCUUGUGAACGGAUAUGUAUGUACUUGCCAGGUUGGGUGGCUUGGCACUAAUUGUGAUAUAGGUGCCGAUGACUGUGCAAUGAACCCCUGUGUGAAUGGUGCCACUUGCCUAGACGGUGACAAUGACUUCACGUGUGCAUGCCUCGCUGGAUUCACAGGCGAUUUGUGUGACAUAGAUAUUAAUGAAUGUGCCAGCAACCCCUGUCAGGUUGAUGCUACGUGCAUUGAUGGAAUCAACAGGUACGCCUGUAUUUGUGCCCCCGGAUGGACAGGGUACAAUUGUGAUGAAGAUAUCAACGAAUGUGCCAGUAACCCGUGUAUCAAUGGAGGUGAAUGCAACAACCUACAGAAUGCUUUUAGCUGUAACUGCACAGCUGGGUGGACUGGCAUUACAUGCGAAUCAGAUGUCAACGAGUGUGCCAGUAUGCCUUGCUUGAAUUCUGGUAUAUGCACAAAUGGAAGGAACGUCUACACAUGCACCUGUCAACCAGGGUGGACAGGGACGAACUGUGAAACAAACAUUGACGAAUGCCAGAGUGUACCUUGUCAAAAUGGUGCACAAUGCACAGACCUUGUGAACCGCUACCAAUGCACCUGCGCGGCAGGCUGGACUGGUGUCAAUUGCGAGAUAGGUAUAAAUGAGUGCUCCAGCAACCCAUGUGUAAACGGUAUCUGUAUCGAUCAGGAGAAUCAAUUUGAGUGCAGGUGCGAUCUUGGCUACAACGGUACUUUGUGUGAAUUCAAUAUCGACGAAUGUGCCAGCGAUCCGUGUGAGAAUGGCGGCACCUGUGUUGACGGAGUAAACGGUUUUACGUGUGUCUGCGUUGAAGGCUGGACUGGUCGAUUGUGCAACAACGAUGUUGAUGAGUGUGCGAGCAUGCCCUGUCUGAAUGGAGCAGUGUGUAUCAACGAAUUUGCACGGUUUACCUGUGCUUGUGCAACUGGAUAUACAGGCAUUAUCUGUGAAACAAAUAUUGAUGAAUGUGGCAGUCUCCCUUGUAUGAACGGAGGUCUGUGCUUCAAUGACGGAAGUGAUGGAUAUGUAUGUGAGUGCCCACCAGGUUACAGCGGACUUCAUUGUGAAAGUGAAAUCCUCGAGUGUGCAUCGGACCCCUGCCUCAAUGGAGCGACCUGUGUUGAAGGUCUCAAUUCGUUCUCCUGUCUAUGUCAGCCGGGCUAUGCGGGAUCUCUCUGCGGUACUAACAUCGAUGAGUGCGAGAGUUUCCCUUGCCAGAACGGAGGAGCCUGCCGCGAUGGUAUCAACGAAUUCACCUGCUCCUGUCCUACUGGAUACACCGGUGAACGAUGUGAAACAGAUCUUAAUGAAUGUAUGAGUAACCCAUGUGAUAACUUUGGAACGUGUGUCAACCGUGUAGACAACCAUGGAUAUGAUUGCUUUUGCCAGCCUGGGUUUACUGGUACCCACUGUGAAAUCAAUAUUGAUGAAUGUGCAAGUCAACCAUGUCUCAAUGGGGGUAUCUGUAAUGAUCUUGCUAAUGGCUUUCGUUGUACCUGCCCCAUGGGAUGGUCAGGAGAUAACUGUGAACGAAGUGUUGGUUGUCGAGUUAACUACACUCUGGCUGAAGGAACUAAGAUUGAAAUACACUCUCAAAACUAUCCAUCGAACUACAACAACAUGGAGAACUGUCGCUGGUUCAUCCAGGGUAUCAACGGACGCGUGGUAACAGUGGAGAUUAAAGACUUCAUCACUGAGAAUCGGUAUGACGAAUUCAGGCUUGGCGUCGGAUCGAAUCCCAAUGACGAGGGUUCGAGACGGAUAACGCUAUCCGGCCCGACUCCGUUUACCACAAGAACAACAACCCUUCAGGCAAACAACAUCUGGGCGACUUUCAUAACCGACAACGAAAAAACCGAGAGAGGGUUUUCCAUUGAAAUAACAGAUUCUGCGUAUGUCGCUAUUACACCGUGUGACGCUGAACCGUGUAUCAAUGGAGGUACGUGUGAAAACGUUGGCAGAACUGGCUUUAGAUGCUCAUGUAGCAGUCUUUGGACAGGACAGAGUUGCGAGAUACCUUCAGAUACGAAUAAAUGUGCACUCCAUCCUUGCACCAAUGGAGCUGAAUGUACAAACAUGGGAGACGAUUACACAUGUAUAUGCCCAGAUGGAUUUACUGGCAAGAAUUGUUCAAUGGAAAUCGACGAAUGUGCUUCAAAUCCUUGUCUGAAUGGAGGCACCUGUCAGGAUCUCAUUGGGUCCUAUGUCUGUAUCUGUGCUAACUGCUUCACUGGUGUCAACUGUGAUCAAGCCCCUAUCAGUGAUGCUUGCAUAAAGAAUGUAUGUGAGAACAGCGGUGAGUGCUCCUUCUAUGGUGGACUCUUCCAAUGUGAUUGCCAAGACGGUUAUUCUGGAAUCUACUGCGAGAGAGAUGUAGAUUACUGUCGCGAUGCACCAUGUCUGAAUGGAGGUACAUGUGCCAGUGAAAAUGGAACUUUCUCCUGUGACUGCCCGGACAGCUACAUUGGAACCACCUGUUCUAUACAGGUUACUCUGACGUGUGUAUAUGCAAACCCGUGUCAAAAUGGCGCCCUCUGCACGUACAUCGAUGAUAGUUAUCUCUGUUCCUGUCCCUCCGGCUUCACCGGUGAAUUCUGUGAAACAAACAUUGAUAACUGUGAUCCAUAUCCUUGUGCUAAUAACGGUGUAUGCGAAGACGGUGUCAAUGCAUUCACUUGUUACUGUCCAAGCGGCUUCUCUGGAGAUAUCUGUGAAAUAGAUAUAGACGAAUGUAGCAGUAACCCCUGUGAGAAUGGAGGAACCUGCCUGAACGGGAUCAACAAGUUCUUCUGUCAGUGCCCUGAUUCCCUUGAGCAACCUGUUUGUGCUUCUCCUGUUAAUAUCCCGCUGGCGCAGAGUGGAGACACUUUCUUGGGGAGAUCUAUCAAUCUUAACCCGUGGUACAUUCUUCUCAUCGUGGCCUUGGCUCUUAUUGCCAUCUUCUUCUUACUCUUAUUCAUUUCAUCCUCGGUCUGUAGGAAGAAGAAAAGUGCCCUCUACGACGCUGAGUUAGCGAAGAAGGAAAGGGAGCGAGGAGUACCUAACUCACAGCUACAUGACACUCUUCCGAUCUUUGAUGAUAUUGAUCGUCCACUCUCUCGUGAGAAUGACUAUGGUUUCCUGCCACCGCAUGCUGUCGAAUCGAAUGUGCGAGAGGUGAACAGUUACGAGAAUCCCUGGCCGCAGAGUACGGAUGAGAUGCAGAAGACCCACCUCUAACUGGACAAAAAGCGAUGCAACAGAAUUUCCAUUUCUGCUUAUCAAACGUUUAAUGUUUAACGCAUUUUCUUAUAUAUUUGAAGUGAAUUUAUUUUUCUUUUUUAUUUCAUUGACGUGAACAAUAAAGGCUUUCUUAAAACUUUGAUACCUGCAAUUUAUUUCCGAACAUCGGGAAGGAUAAUGGUCAUGAGUUAAUACAAUUCUUUAGGACAAUACUUUAAAAAUACUUUGGACAAUCAUCGAUCUGAAUUUCUUAAGCAUGAUUAUCUACAAAUUUAAUGAAUAACGUUUGGUUUCUUCAAGCAAAACGAACAUAUUCGAACAUUGGCGUUGGAUUUUUUUUUCAAACUAACUUAAAAAAUAUAUUUCUUUACUUAAAUGUUCUUCAUCGAAUAUCCAUGUAUAUCUGUGUCAUAUGAUCUGUUGAAACCAUAAUUUAGCACAUAUGUAAUAAUAUUUCCUAUCGCAAAAUAUAAUAAAGAUUUAUUUACUCUCCGA